AUGUCCCCGCCGUGUGGCCAGUGCCCUUUGUUGCGGCCCCACGAUCUCGCGGUGCCCUCGGUGCCUCUCCAGCCCAGACCCGCCCGGUUCUCCCCCCAAGCCGCCCGUUGUGCCCCCGCCCCGCUCUCACCGCGCUCCUCUCCCGUCACGGCGGUUCCGCGCUGGGAGCGGGGCGGGGUCCGGCCGGGGCGUGGCCUCCGCUCCCGCCACAGCGGCUGCCAUGGCAACGGGGGCGGGGCUCGGUUCGGGUCCUCCCAUCUGGGUGACGGCGACAAUGGACGGGGCGGGGUGUCGGCCCCCCAAGGCCCCCCUGACCCCCCGGAUCCUCGGAACGUCCCUCUGCUCGAGGUUCCCCCCACAGCCUAUCCCAGCCCGGCCCGGCCAUGCCAGAAGCCCCCCAGGCCCCCUGUGAGGGGACCAAGCCCCCUGAAGGAGCUGCUGAGGGCACAGGGGGCCGGGCUGCACCCCACUAUCUGUGGGGAGUGUGGGAAAGGCUUUAGCCCGAGCUCGGACCUGGUGCGGCACCGCACCACCCACACUGGGGAGCGACCAUUCACCUGCAGCGCCUGCGGGAAGGGCUUCAGCCAGAAUUCCAACCUGGGCACACACCAGCGCAUCCACACCGGGGAGAAGCCGUUCGGCUGCCAGGACUGCGGGAAGCGCUUUGGGGAGAGCUCGGCGCUGGUGCAGCACCGGCGGAUGCACAGUGGGGAGCGGCCAUACAGAUGUGGGGAAUGCGGGAAGAGCUUCAGUGUCAGCUCCAACCUGCGGCGACACCACCGUACCCACGGCCGAGAGCGGCCCCACCUGUGCCCCGAGUGCGGGGACACUUUCUGGAACCCUGGCCAGCUCCGGAGGCACCGCAGGGAGCACAUGGUGUGAGGGGGAAGAGGGGUGGGCACGGAGACAGGGACACCUGGAUGGGGAUCAGGACACCUGGGUGGGGGCAGAACACAUGGAUGGGGAUAGGGACACCAUGAUGGGUGUCUUCCUUCUCUUCAAUUUUUCCUUCCUUCUCAUUUCUUAUUUUGUCUGGCUUUUCAUGCUAUUUCUUAUUUUGCUUCUCACUUUACUUUUCAGUCUGUUCCUCACUUUACUUUUCUUUAGGUCUCACACAUAAAUUGUGCCAGGACAACGAGCUUGCCCAGAGCUUCCACUGGCCCAUGGAAACUUGUAUUUGGACCACAUUGAUCAAGGGGCAGUCCUCUUUCCUUUACAGCCUGCAAAGCACUGUCAGAUUGCCGUGCUCUCUGCAGCGUCCUUCUCAGCUGCAAGUCUCACCAUACACAUUACAGACUCACAAGGACCAAAGGUCUGGAGAGACAUCUUGCACAGAAAAAUGUGCCAGGAGGAAAACAUGUUCUUCAUGUUCCCUGCUCAUCGCCCAGACUGUGGUGCUGUGUUUGAGGUCUUGGACAUAGAAAAAUUAAUGCAGCAAGUGCUUCUCUCCGGGCACAUUUGGCUGAGCGAGAG